CGCCAUAAAACGCCCUGCCGCGCUCCGUUGUGCCUGACUGCACGAGGGACCUGUAAAAGCCUCCCAAUAAUGAAACAGCGCUCGGACCGCUGUGUUGUGGCCGCGGAGGGCUCUGUCCGGACCGCUGCUUCACCAACACACUGGACGGCUUGAAGCAGUAUUUGAGCAUUAUUUGACCUCAACACGUCUCCAGCGCGUGCAAAACUCGACCAUUUUUGUUUACAUCCGCCAUGCAGGAGUCGGAUAAACGAAAAGGGGCGGCGACGGCGGACGUUCAGGUCGAGGAACAACCCAACGCGCUUAUCGCGUGCAAAGUCCCCGAGCAGGUCUUCAAUGACACCCACGUCAAGGACCAGUUUGAAACACUGUUUCACCAGUUCGAUGUAGGAGUAUAUUUCCAGUUCUUCAAAAGCUUUCGGCGUGUACGCAUUAACUUCACCAACGCAGUGGCUGCUGUUCAGGCAAGAGUGAAACUUCACAAGAGUGAUUUCAAUGGCAAAGAGAUGCGCCUCUAUUUUGCCCAGUCUGUGCAAAUCGGCAGUCCUCGACUAGAGCCCCCAAAGCCAGAAAAGCAGUUCCUCAUUUCUCCUCCAGCCUCUCCUCCAGUGGGUUGGGAGCAGGCUCCAGAUGCUAUGCCUAGCGUUAACUAUGACCUACUGUGUGCUGUCUCCAAACUUGGUCCAGGUGAGCAGUAUGAGUUGCACACUGGAACCACCACCACUCCUAGUGUGAUAGUGCAUGUGUGUGAAGACGACAGCUCGGGUGACGAAGAAGAAACGGAGGGAGGAACCCGGGCUCGCCCCAAAAUCAUUCAGACUCGGCGGCCAGAUUACACUCACUCUGUCAACAAGUGAAUUUACUUGACCAUGCUGGCAAACUAGUAAUUGAACUGAUAAUCCAGUUUCACCCUCCACAUCACCAUGGAGGCAGCAAAAAUAAGCACCUUUUUCUUAUAUGUGGAAUAUUCCAUCUUUACCAUCACACAUGCUUCUAAAUUAAAUCUGGUUAAUUACAGUAGAACAAGAUCUUUUUAGAAGUGAAUUUAAUUUAAUUUAAAAAAGAUGCUUCUGCUUGGCAUUACAUUCAUAUACUGAAAAAUUGGCAUUUGGAGGGUGCUUGCCUGUUUUUUGUUUGUUUGUUGAUUUUUUUUAUUUUUUUUUUAAAUUCAUUUUAUCGUCAUGUGUGAAAAUGAUCUCUACAUUGUUAAGGGCCACUAAUGUAGACCAACUCAUUGUCAAUAUGUUGUAGCUUGUUGUGUCUGUCCAUGUUGGUUCUAGUAUUGUGCAAAAAUGUAAUUAGCGUUACUGCAGUUUUCAAACGUUUUUCUGAUUUAUUAUGCACUUGGGGCCGUAUUCAGAGUUGAGUUAAGCAUGUGGUGAGGGGUUAAUACUAUAAUUGCACCGAUUUGUUAUUUAGACCUCAGAGACAACUACAGUGGACAGAUUUAUUUAUUGGGGGUGGAAAAAAAAAUCAGGCGAUGAUCGCCAUGAAAACUUUUUUUCUUUUUUUGGUCUUCUUUUCAUUUAUUGUAAACUAUUUUAUUGUGUCUUGCUUUUAGGGUAUUUUUAUUGCAAAAAAAAAAAAAAAUUAGUCUUCUUUGUCCCUCAACACUUUCUAUCCUUUUUUUUUUUCCUUUUUUUUUCUGGCUUAAAGAUAAGCGCUAAUCUUUAAAUGUGCGCUUCUCUUUAAAUCUAUCCAGACAGACUUGCAAAACUCCUUUCACAAGAGCUCUACACAAAUUCAAAUCGGACUGAUUUCUUUUUUGUUUAGGAAAGAAAGGCAACUUCUCAGGCAUGAACUACAUGUGGGUAAUUUUAAUAGUUCAAGAGAACUUUCUCUUCAUGGAUAGUGAUGUAAUUGAACACAAGUCUGAAUACGGCCCUUGAAGAAUAACGCCUUAUUAUGUGGUACACGUUUGACAUGACUUGAGUGUCGCUUCAGAUCUGUUCCAUAAAAUGAUCUAAUGUGAUCUGUUGUACUCUGUUGUCUGUGGAGAUUAGUCAAAGCCACUGUCCGAGGGUAAAGAAGUAGAAUUUUAAAAUGCAUCCUGUGAUUUGUAGCAAAUUUACCAUCAUCUUUACUAAGUAUUUGGUGUAUUUGAAUGUAGCCCCUAUCCAUUAAAUAAGCUUCAGGAUUAUA